AGCACCUAAACAAACGAACCCUAUUGGUCAGCUCGCAUUUCACACGGAUCGUAAUAUGUGUGACUCUACUUCAAGCACUCUGCACCGUUCGAUCAAAACGCCGCUCUCUCUCCACCGUCCACCCUUUAAUUUUGAAAAUUUCCCAAAUAUUCAAAUUUCCACUGCCUCUUCCCACGGUAAAUCAAUACAUCCCCAAGUAGCACUUUCCAUCUUUGAAAUGAAUUUUCUCUGAUUUUCUCUCAAUCCAAACAAACAACUUGAUCUCUCUGUUUGUCCAAUGGCUUGUACGAAGCAAAUUGCUAGGAAGUCGACCAGAGGAAAGGCGCCAAGGAAGCAGUUGGCAACGAAGGCUGCGAGGAAGUCUUCUCCAACCACUAGCUGAGUCAAGAAGCCUCACAGGUUUAGACCCAGGACAAUGGCUUUGUGUGAAAUCCGCAAGUACCAGAAGAGCAGGGAGCUGCUCAUCAGAAAACUACCGUUUCCGAGGCAGGGGAUUUCAAGACAGAUCUGAGAUUCCAGAGCAACGCCGUCGCCGCUCUUCAAGAGGUGGCUAAUGCAUAUUUGGUUAGUCUCUUCAAGGAUACUAAUCUGUGCGCUAUUCACACCAAGAGGGUUACUAUUGUGCCCAAGGAUAUCCAGCUCGCUAGAAGGAUUAGGGGCGAGAGAGCCUAGGUUUCCGCUGACUGCUUAUCUUGCUUUUGAUUUCCUCUGCUUUUAGGUUUCACUAACAGCAUUGAGUUGUAAAUCUGUAGGGAAUUGGUAGCUUUAAUUUAUUUUCUGUUAUGUAUUGAUGGCAUCUUCAUUUGCUUUUUGUUUGGGCAAAUUGACGUAUGCUAAUGAAAUUAUUUUUUUUCA